UUGUACGUCACUAUGUACUGAAACGAUUGAGGUCGAGUCCAGAGUGACCAUAACCAUGGCAAUGACGGGCCAGUCGUCCUUCACCACCAUGAGUAAUCACACCAAGGAGCGCGUCACCAUGGCAAAGGUGACGCUGGAGAACUUCUACAGCAAUUUGAUCGCCCAGCACGAGGAGCGGGAGAUGAGGCAACAGAAGCUUGAGAAGGUCAUGGAUCAGGAAGGAUUGAUUGAUGAAGAGAAGCGACUCCGGCGUUCACAGCAUGCCCGCAAAGAGACAGAGUUCCUUCGGCUCAAACGGACACGCCUCGGACUUGAAGACUUUGAGUCACUGAAAGUAAUUGGCCGGGGAGCCUUUGGUGAGGUGCGUCUGGUUCAGAAGAAAGACACAGGGCAUGUCUAUGCCAUGAAGAUCCUUCGCAAGGCAGACAUGUUGGAGAAGGAACAGGUGGGGCACAUCCGAGCUGAGAGGGAUAUCCUGGUGGAGGCAGACAGCCAGUGGGUGGUGAAGAUGUUCUACAGUUUCCAGGAUAAGAUGAACCUCUACCUCAUCAUGGAGUUCUUACCAGGAGGAGACAUGAUGACGCUGCUGAUGAAGAAGGACACCCUCAGUGAGGAGGCCACCCAGUUCUACAUCGGGGAGACGGUGCUGGCCAUCGACUCCAUCCAUCAGCUGGGCUUCAUCCACAGGGACAUCAAACCAGACAACCUGCUGCUCGACUCCAGAGGUCACGUCAAGCUGUCGGACUUUGGGCUGUGCACUGGUCUGAAAAAAGCCCACCGCACAGAAUUCUACAGAAACCUCAGUCACAACCUCCCUAGCGACUUCAGUAAGUCUUUUCAGAACAUGAACUCCAAGCGGAAAGCCGAGACGUGGAAACGAAAUCGGAGACAGCUGGCCUUUUCUACUGUGGGGACCCCGGACUACAUUGCCCCAGAGGUGUUCAUGCAGAAUGGCUACAACAAGCUGUGUGACUGGUGGAGCCUAGGGGUGAUCAUGUACGAGAUGCUGAUUGGCUACCCUCCCUUCUGCUCUGAGACUCCUCAGGAGACGUACCGCAAGGUAAUGAACUGGCGGGAGACGCUUGUAUUCCCGCCAGAGGUGCCCAUCUCGGAGAAGGCUAAAGACCUCAUCCUCAGGUUCUGCUGUGAGCCAGAGCACCGCAUCGGCACCACGGGAGUGGAGGAGAUCAAGACCAAUGCUUUCUUUGAGGGAGUGGACUACGACCACAUCAGGGAAAGACCUGCUGCCAUUCCUAUUGAGAUCAAGAGCAUUGAUGACACCUCCAACUUCGAUGAGUUCCCGGAGUCAGAUAUCCUUCAACCAACAGUGGUGACCACCAACCACAGCGAGGCGGACCUAAAGAAUAAGGACUGGGUCUUCAUCAACUACACGUACAAGCGCUUCGAGGGCCUGACGGCCCGCGGGGCCAUUCCCUCCUACAUGAAGAGCAGCAAGAGAUAGCCCUCCUCACUCCUCAAGUCCCCGCACUCCUCUGCAGAGGACUCUUUCCUGAGGACUGGUCGCUGCGGUCUUCUGGAUGUGGACUCUUUCCUCUACGCGUUCCUUGUCCUCCUCCUCCUUUUUAAGGGAUUUUUAAAAGUUUUAAUCUUGCUUUUUAAAAAAACAAAACAAAACAAAACAAACAAACAAAAAAAAAAAACAGACUCACUCGAAAGGUUGCGACCUUUUGCCGGCUAGGCCUCUGCUUCCAUUAGGAAGGGAAACGGGAAGGUUAUCAGUCAUGGUCUCUCUUCCUUCUUCCCCCUCCUCUGAUCCACUUGAUUGUCAGGACUCCGGCGGCCUACCUCUUCCACCUCUGCUCUGGGGGGGGGGGGGGGGGGGGGGGUCGGCCCUGAUGUCCGAGGCUCACUCACGCGGAGGGGUUCUUCUCCUGCCGUCUCAGGGCUUCCACCUGCCUCUAGAACCUUCCACCUGCCUCUAGAACCUUCCACCUGCCUCUAGAACCUUCCUCCCAGCUCCACCGUUUCUCCCACGUGGGCUUUACAUCUUUACAUUUCUUCUCUUCCCAGCCACAUCUGCUAUACCUCUAUCUCUCCCGUUCUUCCUCUCUACUUUACUUAACCUCUCUCUCUCUCCUCCAUUUCUCCUCUCUUCUUUCUAUCCUCUCUGUCCUGUCCUUCUCCAUCUCCAUCUCUUGAUGCUUUGUCCUCACGUUCCUUUCACACCUUGUGCGAGUGUUUGGGCUGUUGUAGUGUCACGUGUGCCUCACUCUCACCAAGGGCUUCUCUCUCUCUCUCUCUCUCACUCUCUCUCUCUCUCUCUCUCUCUCCUUGUUAAGCAAAAAGAAAAUGUCUAGACACUGGAGCCUUUUUGAGCGAGCUGGACCUAUGUAACUCCCUAAAGGAGGAGGAGCGGAACGUGAGCUUCUCUCAACCUUUUUCAGCUUUGAAUAGCAGCAGACGGGCGCAAGGACGGUGCGAGACCUGCACCCUAACCACGCCCCACUCACAUUCAACCAAAGACCUGGAGGACUGAGACAGUUUCAGGACCAGUAGCUGACUGUCUUGUCUGUCUCUCUCUUUCUCUGUUUCUCUGUCUGUCAGUCUCUACUUCACUCCUUUUGUCAUUCCUGUGUCUGAGUGCCGUCUCUUCUCAGACUCUCAGCAUUCCACAACCUUUGGCACGCGUGUGCACAUAGUCGUGCUUUGACACAACUCCAUACGUAACCUCAACUUAACCUAUUUCACAGGGAACACACUGGCUGUCAACACUUGAGACUUUUCCAUCUGCACUUCCCAUUCCUGCAAGUUAAAAAGUACAUUUGUCAAAGUACUUUAGGUGUGCCCAAGGGCGCCCUCUUCAGGGCUCUGUGGGUACAGCCGUUAAAGUGCAUGGAAUGGCUAUGCAGAUGUGACUGAGUAGUGAUUCUCUAAACUGCUUUACUUGUUUUGUCAAGGCAACUGAAAGUUGUAAAAACCCAGUGACUUGGAUAACUGGAAGCUGUUAGAAAUGAAUUAUGUUUUGAGGUCAGACGAGCAUACACAAAAGUUUGACAUCAUCUAGAUGUGGGUCUUUCUGUCCAGCAUGCAGACACGAUUUCUGUACGGCAAACUAUGUAUGUAUUAUUUAAGUGCAACUUAAUUCUCAACUGCAAACACUGGUGAAGAGUCGUUAAUUAUGUACAGGAAAAAAAAGAGCUAGGGCUUGUGGUUUGAGACAUACUCAUUUGAAUGUAGAUGACCAGACACUGGAGUCCUAUGGACUUUUGUCUCCUGUCCUGUCUUAUAUGGAGAUGGUCUGCUGUCUGUCUGAUCUGGGAUUUGACCUUUUGAUUCUAGAUCACUUCAGCCCUCAGUACCGUUCCUCUUCUCUCCAGCGCAAUAAGGCUCUUAUCUGUAUUGAAUGCUAUGAGUGCUAGGUAGUUAGAGUAGCAUAGAUAAGCAUAUCACAAUAACCCUGAGAUGCUGUUUGUUGUUUGAGGAGAGGACGCCUUGAGUCUAGGUCUGCCGUGAGUUAGUCCUUGGAUGCUGUUAUGUUCCGGAAUGUAAAAUCAGGACCAAUCGGCGGGUCGUGUGUGCAGAGCAGAGCAUGUGGCGGGGUUUUUUUUUGCGUUUUUGUGUGUAAAUAUGUGCACAGGAGCAUGUGUUGUGACCUGUUUGGAAAACACAAACAGGAAGUGUGUGUGUGUGUGUGUGAUAUGCAUGAGCUGCACAGCUCUUAGGGGCGGGGCUUCUGCAGGCUAGGAUUCCGCCACUGAUGCAUGCUGGGUAGAGGCUGAUUUGUAAAGCAAUUGACUUCUGGGGAAAGUUUUUAAAUUGUAUUUUUUUUUUUUUUUUUAAUUAUGCUGCUUGAGUAGGUUUUUUUGCGUGAUUGUUUGCGAGUGCGGAAGCUCGUAUGCAUUAGCUGUUAAAAUUGAUGAGGAUUUGGGGAUUUAAGUUGGGACACUGUUAAUGGGAACCCUCCUCACACUGCGUGUCAUCAGGCUCUCUGUCGACUCACAGAAGGGACACAGACCCAGCCGACCAGCCAGCACUGUGCAGAGUUACUCAUGUUAAACCGUGCAGACUCACUCAGCUGGGAUAACACUGUGCCGCGUUCACUCACACCGAGCUUCCCCGACACUGCUGCCUUAUUACCUUUUUGUUAACUUACUCAACACUGUGCUGAGUUAAACUCUCUGAUUCUGUACAGCAUUAAACACCACCAUCACCAGCAGCACUGUACUGCAGGUCCUCUUCACCCCCCCCGCCCCAGCACUAAAUCUGUAAACCACCAGCGCUGGAUUGAAAUGGGAGUGAUCCUACCAGCCCAGCAUUAGACACACCACAGACACACUCAAAUCACCAGCACUGCAUUAAGGUCUGCACUCGGCACAACACAAAGCAUGUUACACAGCCUGACAGGUCUGCUGUGCUCAGCGUUUGCAUAGUGGAGUGCCUAACGGCAGUGGGCAGCGUGCGUUUGCUCUUGUGAGUGCUGGCUUGUUACGCAGGUGUUUUUGUGUUCGGCUCCCCCUAGUGUUUCGGAGGCGUUUACCAAAACUGUGGGUCUGAACCUGAACGGCCAGUGGUCAUCCAUUGGUGCCCAGGAUUUCUCAGGAUGCGGGAGGUCUGUGUGUAAUGCACUGUGCUACUGGUGUUUUGGUGAAUGGGCGUGUGUGUCAGCCUGCCAGUAAUUCCACUCAGAACGGACUGAUACUGGCAGGCUGGACGCGAAUGAAAUUACUUGCCUGUGUGGGGGUGGGGGGAAAGUUAUUUGCCCAACUGGGUGUUUGUGUGUGUGGUGAUAGAUCACUGAAUGGCUAAUACUCAAAUUAUGCACUUUUUCAGGUAGAGAGUAGAUUUAUUGGUGAUAAAAAAAACAUUUUGCCUUUUUCUGCCCUUUUUCUUCAUUGAUUGCUGGUAAAGGUGUAGUAAUAACCAGUUAAUGUACAGCGAUGAGACAAUGAGCAUGCAUGUAGAAAGCUGCUUAGGCUGUUGGAGGCUUUUGCAAUUGUUACUGGAUGCGUAAUGUUGCUUUUGGGUUCUUGCCCUUUGUUUGAGCACCUUUCUGUGGAUGGUUAACAGCUUGUUUUUUUUUGUUGUUGUUGUGCUGAAGACCAGUUAAAAGCAAUAAUAAAGCACCUCAUGACAUGAAACCCAA